AUGUAUGCUAAUCGUAACAAUUCUUCUGAUCUUUUUUCAACUUUGUCACAAGCAACUGCUGAGCCUUUGGCUCGUCGAAUUCAUGAAAUUUCUUCUGUUUUUGUCGUCGGUCGACAGGAAGAUCCAUCUGAACUAUUUCAUCAUCUUCUUGCUCAUAUGACUGAAUGUUUGUCACCCAUCCAUUGGAAUCCAAACAUUAAUCAUUUGUCAACAAUUAUUCAGGAUUUAUUUGGUGUACAAUUACGAUCAUUAAUAGUUUGUAGCCGGUGUCGAAAUAUAACAUCAACUGAAUGUUGGGAUUCAAUGUGGAGUAUUUCUAUCAAUUCACAAGGAACUCUUUGUCAAUUUCUUUCUGACUUUUGUAAACCGGAAUUAUUAUGUGGUGAGAAUGCUUAUCAAUGUUUACAAUGUAAUCAGUUAGUACCAGCAACAAAAUCUUAUCAUUUAAUUAAUGCUUUACCUAUUAUUACUAUUCAUUUAAAACGAUUUAACUAUGAUCGACGAACAAAUACAACUAGCAAAAUCAAUGCAUUCGUUUCUUAUCCAGCAUUGCUCGAUCUAACUCCAUAUUUUGACAAAAAAAAUCAAGAUUCCAAUACAGCAAAUAAACAAAGCACUCCUUAUAUUUAUGAAUUAUAUGCUGUCGUUGUCCAUCUUGGUGAAGAACCAACAAGUGGUCAUAUAUAUGCCUACAUUCGAUCACCUGAUGCUCUUUGGUAUAAGGCAAACGAUAAAACUAUUACACUAGUGGAUAUUAACCAAGUUCUUACUAAUAAAGAUGCAUAUAUGCUAUUCUAUUCAAAAGUAACAGAAGACAAGCUUGUCUUAAAUGAGAUUAUACUUAACUCCAACACAACAUUAUUAUCACAAAAGUCUUUACCAUUUUCAAUUUUAUCUCCACUCGAAAUUCAUGACAAUAAGAAAACAACUAAUCAUCAUGAUUUAGUAAGUUUAUAA